CCGUCGGGGAGCGCGCGGGCCGCAGCCGUUAAGUAUGGCGGCGGGGGGGGCGGGGCGCACGGUUGUCCUGCGCUGCCGCUCGCCAACGGCCGGAGCAUCCCGGUGCUGGGGCUCGGUACUUCCCAUCAAGGUGGCUAUUCCCAUGAUGCUGUGGUCCAUGCAUUACAAAAAUGUGGCAUUCGUCAUAUUGGCACAGCAAAAAGAUACGGCUGUGAAUCUCUCCUCCAAAAGGCCAUCAAAGAGAGUGAUGUGAAGCCAGAGGACCUCUGGAUAACUACCAAACUGUGGCAUAGUGAUUAUGGCUAUGAAAGCACAAAAAAAGCCCGCUUAGAAUCAUGUGAAAGACUUGGUGUUGAAUAUCUUGGUAUUUAUUUAAUACGCUGGCCUGAUACACAUAUUCCAGGUAAUAGCAAUCAAGAGGUCCAAGCUGAAACCUGGAGAGUGAUGGAGGAGCUCUGUGAGAAAGGUUUGUGUAGAUCAAUUGGUGUAAGCAACUUUCUUAUCAGUCAUCUUGAGCAACUAAAGGAAGACUCUGUGCUUACUCCACAUGUUAAUUGGGUUGAAUACCACCCUUUCCAAAGACCCCAGGAACUGGUCAGUUAUUGUAGGAGCAGAGAUAUUGUUUUUGAAGGCUACUGUCCUUUAGCCAAAGGUGAAGUACUCACUCAUCCUAGUAUCAUUCAGCUGGCAAAGAAAUAUGGCAGAACCCCAGCACAGAUUUGCAUACACUGGAAUAUACAGAAUGGGAUUGUCACUAUUCCAAAGUCCACAAAAGCAGAAAGGAGAGAGGAAAACUGCAAGGUGUUUGAUUUUACAAUAGCAGAAGACGAUGUUGAAAUUCUGAAUGGAAUGCAUGAUGGGAGACAUGUUUCCUGGGACCCAAGCCUUAUCAUGCAAAUGAAGGUUUGAGCUCUUUCCUUUGUCAGUGAUCAGUGAGUCCCACCACGUAAUUUAAAAUCAGGGAAGGUUACAAUAAGAAUAUAAUCAUAAGAUUAAUGGCUGCUAUUAAUCAUAACUGAUCUGAAAUCCUUAAUAUUGAUAACAGACAAAAGGUAUUUUUGAGGGUAGCACUUUUGUACAGACAUCUUGCAUUUCCAUCUCAAAUCCUGAUCCAUAGUUCAUUGAAGCCCAUGUAAAGCCUCCUAUUUAUGCCAUUGACCCUGGAUCAGGCCAUUUAAUCAAAGAGCAUGAGGAGAUCUCCCUUCUUUAAAAAUGUAAGAAGAAAUGAUACCUACUAGUGUACAACACAGGUGUUAAGGAUGAAAUAAUUUUUCAAGUACUUUGUUAGUGGGAUACAAUGUACAAAGAAGAAAAAGCUGGGUGAAAAAAGUUAAUAUUAUUAUUACAGUAUUUAUACUGUGCAGUAUACUGCAAAUCCCCAUCAAAAAUACAAUCUCCCUGUAAUAAGUAGUAUGUGAGCAUCACCAAAAAAAAGUAUUAUGCAU